ACUCAGAGGUCCUGAGAUGAUCCUGUUAUCUUUGUCCUCAGAGUUCAGAAGGAAUAGCAGCUCCACGGGUGGUCACAGGGUGGAGGUGUAGCGUCAGGUUUUGACAUGUGGAGAUUUGUUCUUACCUGAUGGAUUAGGCUUUGACUGUCAAGCUGAGUGUGCAGGAGAACAGACAGGAUGUGUGUUUUACGAGUCUAAUGAGGGCAUAUUGGAUGUGUCAUCGGGUAGAGCUGCAUGUGGCUUCCUGAGGUUACCAAGCCGCCGCUGGGAGAAUCAGGGGACUUAUAUUUAGCCUUGCAAAUGGUGCACUAUGGAUUAUGUCUUGGUCCUCUCCAGUUUCGUCUUCAGUGCGUUUUGUUGCAUGCACGGAGGGCUGAGGAUGUCUAUCAGGCUGCUGUUCAGGUACUGAUCAUAUCUUCUUUUUAAGCCCCAUUUUCUGUCAACUGAACUCCACCUUCCCUCCACCUCUGGAAGAGGCUAUUUUUGUUCAGUACUCUGUCUUCUCAGCUCUGAGACAUCUUCAUUUUGGAUCCUAAGCUUUUCCAAACCAAACUGCAACUUUAGUACAGUAGAUGUGGUUUGGGAGCCUUGACUCAUAUCUACUGAAAAUAUCUGAGGAACUUGAAGAUCAAAUACUACUUUAGCAGACUUUUGAAGUUUUGAAUCAAACAGAAUCAUGGAUGUUUUAGCCUUGGAGGCAAAAAGCCAAAAUGGAGCAGAAGCUGAAAAGAAGCCUACACCAAAGCCGAAGCCGAAACCACAAAAGAAGACGAAAAGGAUAGUUUACUUUGAAGUGGAGAUUGUGGACUUGAAGACGAAAGAGAAGCUGCUGCUGUUGGACAAGGUGGAGCCAACCGCCACAGUUUUGGAUAUCAAAGCCUUGUUUCACAAAUCAUAUCCAAAGUGGUAUCCAGCCAGACAGUCUCUGCAUUUGGAUCCAAAGGCCAAGAGUCUCAGGGAUGAAGAAGUUCUCCAAACACUACCGGUGGGAACCACUGCCAGCUUUUAUUUCAGUGACCUGGGACCCCAGCUCACGUGGGGAACAGUGUUUUUAGCAGAAUGUGUUGGUCCGCUGAUCCUUUAUCUAAUGUUCUACUUCCGCCUUCCCUUCAUUUACUCACCAAAAUAUGACUUCACUACCAGCAAGCACUGGGUCGUUCACUUAGCCUGUAUGUGUCACUCCUUCCACUACAUCAAGAGGAUUUUGGAGACACUUUUUGUUCAUCGCAUCUCCCAUGGGACCAUGCCUCUCAGAAACAUAUUUAAGAACUGUGGCUAUUACUGGUGCUCUGCAGCCUGGAUGGCAUAUUACAUCAACCAUCCUCUCUACACCCCACCCUAUUAUGGCCUGCAGCAGGUGAACACAGGGCUUUACAUUUUCCUGUUCUGCCAAGUAGGGAAUUUUUCAAUCCACAUUGCGCUGCGUAACCUUAAAUCACAAGGCUCAAAAGUUAAGAAAAUACCUUACCCAACAAAAAAUCCUUUUACGUGGAUUUUUUGGCUAGUCUCUUGUCCAAACUACACAUAUGAGCUGGGCUCCUGGAUUGGCUUCACAGUGAUGACCCAGUGUGUGCCUGUGGCUUUCUUCACUUUCGUGGCCUUCGUCCAGAUGACCGUGUGGGCUAAAGGCAAACAUCGCAGCUACUUAAAGGAGUUUAGAGAUUAUCCAACUCUCCGCUCCUCCAUACUGCCCUUCAUCCUGUAACCAAGUCUGGAAAGAACAGUCAUUCCUGCACACAUACAUGCGUGCUGAGGUCAGCAGAGUACCGGCGCAUCACCGUAAAACAGAAUGAAACCAAAGUGCUGAUUUAUUUCAGUAAUUCAACUGGAAUAGUGAAACUCUCUGGAAAAUUAACACUGGAUCAUAGGGAGCUUGGACUGUUUGGCUCUCUGCUCCCCCUCCAAACUUUGGGACCUUGAUUUCAUACGUAAAUAAUCAUAAACUUCCAGCAAUGACUUCAGCUCCUGUCAAGAUCUUUGGCCUGUCAAGGCUGUAGUUAACUGUUGAUUCAGCUCCCCCCCACAGAGUUUUUCCUUCCACUCAACUUUCAAAAUGAAUGCUUGUAUCAGUGUGAAGAGCCAACUCCUUUAAUGAUAUCUUUGGCUUAUACUCCCCGUGGAAGAUGUCAGCGAUCAUAAACUCACCAUAUCAUGAAAUUCUGAGGAAUUUAAUUUGAGGAUUUUAUUUACUAUAAACCAAAAUCAUCCAGCUGAUAAACAUCUGUAACAGCUAUUUAUUGAGUUUCACAUUCAGAAAGCAAUUACUGAAAUAAAGUAGCAAUUCAGCAAUAUUCUAUUUUAUUUAGAUGCGUUUGUAUAUGCAUUUUUUUUUCUAGGACUGUUGGAUCAUUACAAAUGAAGACAGGGAAUUGCAGCAAAGUCUUACCUUAAAAUGUGUGUCAUUUAGUAAAAUGUGUCAUUUUGUAUUUUGCUACUUUAGUUUUUUAAAUAUAUCCGAAACAAAUUGCUCCAAAGUUUUCUAUAUAUUCAGUGUAAUCCGACACUUGUUUCUAAGGAGGGAAGUCAGGUGGCUAAUCUGGUUUGUUGAACUGGCAGCAGCCUGGAGCUGUUGACGCUGCCUUCUUUUGACUAACAGUGCUAGACUGAUUUCAUCCAGAUGUGAGCUUCACUAGAUGCAUUUUAAGUGAAAGGUCUGUUUAUAAACUCUGGAUUAUUUCCCCCCUUAUCUGUGGAAGUAAAACCCUGCCUUUUAUCAGAGAUUUUAAGCCAAUAAAAAAAUAACUUAUAAAAACAA